AUGGCGACCAGCACGUGCAUCGACACGCGCUCUGCGUAUGGGACUCGAUACUCAACUUCGACAAAUGAAGUAACCGAGUCGCAGAAGACACGUCGAGGCCAUUAUGAAUUGUUUCUCCUCAUCCAAGACCUACUAAGGAGUGAUGGAGGCAUCAUCCUGGAGUUCCCAAUCGACGACUGGGGUCAAAAAGGGACCAUGGACAUUUCUCUGGGAGCUGGCGGGUUCUCAUCCGUCCAUCGAAAGAUCGCAAAGGGCCGCUGGAGGAACCGCAGUGUCAUGGCCUAUAAGCGCAUCAACCCGCAUUUCGACCAGGAUGGCAGAUUUGACGACCAGGGCACUCUGGCACAGGUUGUCGACGAGCUGAAAUUGCUGGCAACACCGGGGGUUCGUUCCCAUCCUAAUAUUAACCAACUGAAGGGUAUCUCGUUCGAGACACAGGAGCAUCGAAGCGAUGGUUAUCUAUUUCCAACAUUAAUGUUCGAUGCGACAUCAAUGGGCACUCUGCUCGAUUUCGUCCAGGAUCUUGUUUGCAUGGUCGACGGGCCCUACUGGGAAUGCUGUCUGGAUGUUGCGCAGGGCCUGCAAGCUCUUCAUAGUCAAGGGUUUAUCCAUGGUGAUGUGAAAUGCGAGAAUGUCCUUAUGUUCCCAACAAAUAAACUUCAAGGGCGCAAGUUCAUAGCGAAGCUGACGGACUUUGGCUGUUCGAUGACGGUAGAUGCGGUUGAGCCUAGGCAGUACACAAGACUAAGGGGGGCGACUAUCCCAUACGACGCCCCAGAGGCAGACGCUGAAAUACAGAGCGGCCAUCUUCCAUUCACAGACACCUACUCAUUUGGACUUCUGGUAUGGAGGGUGAUUAUCGAUGGAGCUGAUCCGUUCAAUGACCGGCGGUAUCGAUCUUCGACGACGGAUGAUGGUGCACGCUAUAACUAUACUCUCAUUAGAGAGGAUAAACGAAAUGGGAGCACCCUCGGCCUGGCACUGAAUCGAGUAUUUGACCCUGACCGUGCACUAUCCCCCGACACGAGAGAUGCCUUUGGUGAGGUGCUCAGUAUCGCUCUCAGCUCUGAGGCCACAGAAAGGGACCUUGGUCGCAUAAUUCAGAUACUGAGUCAUCCCCAGACUUUUCAAAAACGAGCCUUUGGCCUUAGCCCACCAAACGCACACCUGUUGCGAGAGUUCACCAAGUUCGAAACAGCGCGAUUCAGGGGGCACGCACAAGCAAGUCGCGGGCUGGCCGAAUGGAAGUCCAUACCACCGAAGGCAGACCAAUUCUACCAUGUGAUCUACAAGUAUGGAAAGCUUGACUCAAACUUUACGGGCUUCGGCCUGUCCAGACUAUCGCCCAUGUCAGAAGCAUUGAGGGAUAUCCUGGUGGCGAUCGAGGACUUAUACCGAACGUGUGGCCAGCCACUGCCAGUCAUUGCGCCUCCUUCGCUGUUAACAUCCGACGACCCGCAGAAGGACCCGCGGGAUGUCUGGGAUUCUAUGCUGCGCACCAUAUUCUUGAUAAGUAAGGACGCUGGUGCAAUGGUGGGGAGAUCUGUGGGAUUCUUUCGAUCAUUUUCGGUUAUGAAACCCUUCAAACAAGCAGCAUCAAGAAGCCUUAAGAUAGGUGCAUCGAUGAAUGCGAUGCUCGAACGAGCUCCAGCCCCCAGAAAGGAACGGUUUGGUGUCCUACAGGGCCUGUAUGACUUCGAUGGCGGAGUAGCGGCCGCGGACAUGGUGGCAAUGAUGAACGAGGAGACCAUAUCAAAAACAACAUCACAAUCCUUUGAGCCCGUGCGACUCUUCGCUGAUGUCUCGUCUCAUGCACGAUCUUUGGCUGCCGGUUCGAAAAGAGGGCCUGCGCUCGUGGAAAUGGCGAUCUGUUAUAGUAUGGGCUUCGGUAUUGAACAGGAUCAAACUCGCUAUUUUGCCAUAUUGAAAGAGUGCUGUGAAAUCGAAUACAAGCCCGCCCAACAGCCCUUAUCGCAAGUUCAUACCGCUAUCGGGCUGCCCCUGGCCGAAUACACGGAGUCUGAAUCUGCGAUGCAAGUCUCUACUGGUAUGGGAAACAAGAAUGACGUGAUCAACAUGACUGUAUCUCAAAUCAACCAGCGCAACAGUGAUGGCGACCUUCCAUUGAUAGCAGCAUGCCGAGCAGGGAAUAUUGACGUCGCCUGUCUUCUAAUUGAGAAGGGGGCCGAUUGUGCCCUAAGAAACAAACUUGGAGAGACGGCCAUUCACUGGGUAUGGAUGUUCGACGAUGCCUCGUUGCCGAGGAUCGUCGCUCAACUCACUCACAGCGGCGCCGAUCCGAAUGCAGUUGCGAAAGAAAACCUUUUAUACACAGACGACUUCCAGUUUCCCUUGGUUCACGGUACAGCAUUGCUCCGAGCUGUUUCACAGGGAAACAAAGUGGCGGUACGCGAAUUGAUCCUGAACGGCGCAUCGGUUCCAGACGCUUCAGGUCCGAUGAUCUUUCAUAAACAGCGCCAUCGGAAUUUAGACGCAGUGCAGCUCGCCUGUACAUGGCACGACGCAGAGGUCCUGGAGAUUCUGUUGGACGCUUCACCGUUUUAUCCAAUCAAUGCGGACACGGACAUUGGCCUUGGGUUAUUAUACUUCGCAAUCCAAUGCCAGAACACGCAUCUCAGGAUGGCCAGAUACGGGUCUAGUCAUGGCUCCCAACUACAGAAAACAAUCCAAUUACUUCUUCGCCGCGGAGCAACCGAUACAGUGGACAAGGAUGGUAUGACAGUGCUUCAACUAGCCGUUCGCAGUGACAUGCCGGAAAUUCUAGAAUAUGUUACUACUGUCGAUAUGUUUAUGCGGAACAUAGGCGCGCAAGUCAACGGCAAAACCGUGUUUGACUUGGCUAUCGCUACCGGUAGACCCGCCGUUUUCGACGCUAUCGUGCGAGCUAGUGGAAGUAUAUAUCAUGAUUCCGUGGCUAAGCAUACCCUUGUCAGCACAGUCGAACUUGCCCCCGGGAAUAACUAUUUCUUGAGGAGGACACUGGAGCUGGGAUUGCACUCCAUUACUCCACAUGAUAGAAAUACGGCUCUAGAGGCGGCUUUCCAAACGUGCGAAUGGGAAUUUGCAGAUCUCCUUAUGGAGCAUGGUGCGGAUCUUAACGGGCUUACCAACAGUCAAGAGACAUCUUAUAUCGCGUUUACUGUGUUCGGAUCCGUGCUCUACAACUCAUCUCAGGACAGUCUAGCUGCAAAACUCGACUCCAUUUUGUCUCUAGCAACGAAGCACCACCAACAACCAGAAUACCUCGUAAUACCUGGAAUGCGUUCAUCCGCCCUCCAUCUUGUUGCCGGCAAAAUCUCGACCCUAGACCACGAUGAGGCUGCCCGGACAUACCCCAUCCUUCUGAAUGUUUUCCCAGAAAAGCAUCAUCUGGAGGCAAGGGACAGUCGAGGGUGGACACCGCUCCACAUGGCUGUUUCAGUACGCAAUCUCGUCGCCGUGCGCGCACUCCUUGAUGCGGGCGCAGAUAUCAACAGCUUGGCGCUCUUCGAAGGGUAUCCGGUCGGGCCAUCACCGAAGGACAUGCUAUUCGGCCAGCUCUUUGCGGGAGGUUCCUUCAAUGACUUCUCACCCGCCUCGCGCAACAGGGGAGAUCGAGCACUAGAACAGCUGAUCAAAUUAUUCUCGGAGGGGCGUUUCUCGCAAAUUGCGAAGCGUAGCGUGACCCUCCGAGCUGAGCAGCGAUGGAUAGUUCCCCAACAGCAUAGAGAAGUAAUGGACUACGUUGAAACUUAUUCGCUGCAGCCUCGUCGGUCUCCACCCUCGGUGCCGACGUCUAUCACGACUCAGUUCAUUGGUGCUGUGGCCUCCGGGGAGGAAGGUGAAUUCAUGCAAGGGUUUGACGUGUCCGGUGUCGAUAAGAUCCAGAAACGUAUCCAGUGGAACGGCAUUGAGAGUGUUCGCUUUUUACGCAACCAGGGCGUUCCAUUGCUGCGUGAUAUGGGGAUUUUGGAUGCUUAUCUAUGUGAUGAGCCGAGGAGAACCGGGUGA